GGUGAGAGUUUCAAGCCUUUUUAGUGCUCCGCAUUUUCCAAAGAGCGUGCCUGCUGUGUCCGGUCAAGCCGGUGCGACCAUGGUCGAACGAAAAGCCUCGGGCGAUUCCACCUUUUCCAAUGAAUUGAAGGAUGGAGAUGGCUUUUGCCACAGCGGCAGUGCGGUGUCCGUGGUCGCUGUGGCCUGUGGCAUCCUGUUGGCCGGCCGGCUGUCGCUGGAGACGUUGAUGUGGAUGGGCUGCAUCUCCAUUUCGCGCAAGACCGCGUUGACGCUCGCGGCCCUGGCGUCCUUGAGCUAUGUGGUUUGUGGACCUUUGCUUCAGAAAACUCCCCUCACCAACCGACUUGGAAAGAUGUUGGUGGCACGCGUGCUGAACGCGCGGCAAAACUGGGAGCUGGACACCUUGAGAAGUUUCUGCGAAGUGUCCAUUUGGCUCUUGGUGGUUUGGUCUACCUAUGUCGGCACGGAGGGCGGGUGCUUCGGGCUCGUCGCCGCCUUGACGCUGGGCACCGCUGCAGGCGCCGCACUGGUGGUGCUCGGAGAGCUGCUCCAGCAGCCGCUGCGGAACCUCGAGAGGGUCUUGCGAGAGACCUCCGCCAAGCGCGCACGAGCGCGCCAACUGGAGGAAGAUACCUUUGCCAGCGGGAACAUCGUCUUGCUAGUCUUGUUCGGACCUACAGCGUUGAGCACCAUCUACGAGAACUGUAGCGAUCUCAUGGUCCUCGCCAGCAUGCUGGUGCUGGGUGGCUCGACGAUCCUGGUGGCCGCGAGACUAUGCCAGGCAUGGAAGCCGACCCGGCACCUGGGAACGAUCUUGCAGGCCCGGAUCCUGAACACGCCAGAGAAUUGGAGACAGAACCCUGCGCGGUCCGCCCUGGAAUCGACCUUCUUCACCGCCGUCGUUUGGGGCGUUUACGAGCUCCAUGGUGAUGCACUCUUUGCACUCCAGACGGGGUUCCUCUCGGGGAUGUCCAUUGUCAUCGCAAGCGAAGUCUUUGCGCAUGGUAUCAACUUCGAGGUCCAGGCAGAUGAUUCACAGCAGAUGGACACCAGUGUCCGUCCGGUGAUUCUGGGCUAUUUGAGUUUCAUGGUCUUUGUGUGUGUCUAUGCACAAGGGCAUCAAGCUGUAAAUAGUGCCGCGCUGUCUGUGAUCAUCAACAGCCUUCUUUGGGUCAUUAUGGGCAGAUGUUCUGUGAACACCGGCGUCUUGAAAGACCUGGGUAUGAUCGUCAACAAGAGGGCAUUGGAGGCUGCCGAGAACUGGACGAAGUUUCCGGUCCGAUCAGCGGCAGAGUGUGCUGCCUGGCUUUCUGGACAGUACCUAGGUCAUUGCUUUGAUUCGACCUUUGCCGGAGCUGUGUGCGGAAUCACCGCUGGUGUGGCAGCCGUCCUUUGCUCUGAGGCUGUUCAGGCCUUGCUCUCGUCGGAGGUGGCGAGUACUCCAAAGCCGAAAGCUGGCGGAUCGCCGGAGAGGGAAUGGAGCUGGGAGGAGGUGGAGAAGCAUACUUCUACAGAGGAUGCCUGGUUGGUCAUCGAUGGGCGAGUCUAUGAUGUCACCGACUUUGCCCCGCGGCAUCCAGGUGGUCCUGUGAUUUUCAAGUUCGUAGGUGUGGAUGCGAGCGAUCAGUUCGCGGCCUUCCACCGGCCACGCGUCUACGGACGAUUGCAACAGUUUCUCGUCGGACAGGUCAUUGAUGACGACAAGCACUUGCCAAGCAAGGCCACAGCAGAUUAUCGUGCAUUGCGGAAGCGACUUUGGCGUGAGGGUUGGUUCGCUCCAGAUCUCUCGUUUUAUGUGAACAAAGCAAUAGUUUGCGUUCUUCUUUUUGCUCUAGCCAUCGGGUUGGUGACUCUGGAAGCUCCAACCUGGAAGCUCCUGCGCACCCUGUUGGCAGGAGCGGUUCUCGGGAUUGCGUGGCAACAGGUGGCGUUUAUGGCGCACGAUGCCGAUCACUAUGGAAUUACGACUCCACGAAGUGGAGCCUCGUUCAAUCCAUUGGCGUGGUUCCUUGCAAGCGUGUUGUUCGGAAUCUCCAGAUGCAUGUGGAAUGAGGAGCAUUCAUUGCACCACGCAAUCACUUUGCGGCCUCAGGAAGACCCACAGUUUAACUACUUGCCGAUCUGGCUGAUCUCCAAGAAGGAGUUGGACGUACCGGGCACGAAAGUCGACUUCCUGACACGAACCUUGGUCUCGGUUCAGCACUACACCUUCUUGCCGCUUUCAGUGGUGAUUGGACGCUUCAAUUUCUACAUUAUCUCGAUGCUCGCUGCCCUGAAGCGACUACUGACGGCCAAGAGAUUUCGAGAAGCCUACGGUGGCUUGAUGGACGUCACUGGAAUGGUGUUGUUCUGGAUAUGGUACGCGACGCUCGUGAAGCAGCUGGAUGCGUCCUGGGAGCGCGUGGCCUUCGUGUUGGUCUCCAACUGGACGGUUGGCAUCCUGCACAUCCAACUGGUCCUGAGCCACCUUGCCACAGAGACCUUCACAGCAGAGGAGGAACGAGAAGAGCAAUUUUCACAUUUCAGCUCAAAACGUCUCGUAACAUUGAUUGCGACUGGUACGACCACUGGUUCCACGGUGGUUUGGAGUUUCAGAUCGAACACCAUCUGUUUCCGCAGCUUCCGCGGCACAACCUCCAGAAGGUGAAGCCGUUGGUCCAGGAGAUCUGCCAGCGCCAUGGGAUCCAAUAUCGCUCGACCAGCUUCUCCAAGGCCUUGCUCGAGGUACUCAGAGACUUCCAAGGACUGGCCUUGGAGAUCGUGAACCUGAGAAUGGGCUAGAAGGAAUUAUGUGCACGCGAAGAAGUUGGUCAAAGACCCGGCACCCGUGGUUGACAAAUCAAGUUGGC